AUGCGUAUUCCCGUAGACCCGAGCACCAGCAGGCGCUUCACACCCCCCUCCACGGCCUUCCCCUGCGGUAAGAUGGGAGAGAACAGCGGGGCGCUGGGGGCCCCUGCACCGGGCGCCCGGGCUCGGCCCGAGGUCCGCUCCGUCGUGGAUGUACUGGCCGACCACGCCGGCGAACUGGUGCGCACCGACAGUCCCAACUUCUUGUGCUCUGUGCUGCCGUCUCACUGGAGGUGCAACAAGACGCUGCCCGUCGCCUUCAAGGUCGUAGCCCUCGGGGAUGUGCCCGAUGGGACGGUGGUCACGGUGAUGGCGGGGAACGACGAAAAUUACUCGGCGGAGCUUCGCAACGCCUCCGCCGUCAUGAAAAACCAAGUCGCAAGAUUUAACGACCUCAGAUUUGUUGGGAGAAGCGGCAGGGGGAAAAGCUUCACCCUGACCAUCACCGUGUUCACCAACCCCACCCAAGUCGCCACCUAUCACCGAGCCAUCAAAGUGACUGUGGAUGGACCCCGGGAGCCACGAAGGCACAGACAAAAGCUAGAAGACCAAGCCAAACCCUUCACCGACCGCUACGGGGAGCUGGAACGGCUGCGCCAGUCCAUGAGAGUCACCCCAACAACACCCAACCCCCGUGGAUCCCUCAGCACCCCAAGCCACUUUGGGUCCCAGGCUCAGACUCCAAUACAAGGCACCUCAGAUCUGAGCCCCUUCUCGGACCCCCGGCAGUUCGACCGCUCCUUCCCGACGCUGCCGGCUCUCACCGAGACCAGGUUCUCCGACCCGCGGAUGCAUUAUCCCGGCGCCAUGUCCGCUGCCUUCCCGUACACCGCGACGCCCUCGGCCACCGGCAUCGGGGGCAUCAGCAUGACCAGCAUGCCCACCACCACGCGUUUCCACCACACUUACCUGCCACCCCCCUACCCCGGCUCCACCCAAAACCAAAGUGGACCCUUCCAGGCCAACCCCUCUCCCUACCAUUUGUACUAUGGCACGUCUUCGGGCUCCUACCAGUUCUCCAUGGUGGCAGGUGGUGAGCGCUCCCCGACCCGGAUGCUCUCGUCUUGUACAAGUGCCUCAGCAGGGAACAACUUAAUGAAUCCCAACUUAGGCAAUCAAAACGACGGGGUGGAUGCAGAUGGGAGCCACAGUAACUCACCAACAACCAUGACAACUACUGGGAGGAUGGAUGAGUCAGUCUGGAGACCCUACUAGGAGGAUCUCAGGUGGCUCAGCUGGGCACCAAUGUCUUUAACUUAAUCAGCCACCAUUUUGUUACUCCUUUUGGUGGUGAACAGAGUAAAAUGAUGCCUAGGGAAAAGGUAAACCAAAGUGUCCCAAACCAAAAGCCAACCAGGAUCCUCUGCAUGCAAGCAUGGGCAAACAUCAAGUGAAGAUGGACCAAGACCUGCGUUACAUUUCAAGAUGAACAUCCACGAGGCUUGAAUUUGUCGCUUGAUGUGGUUCCUUUCGUAUGCUUUAAGUAUGUGGAUUGUACAUAGGGAAAAAAAGAAAGAAAGAAAAAAAA